AUGAGUUUUGGUUGGGAACAGCAUUAUGGUAGAGACCCACCAGAAAACUUUCCGCCUAUGAAUCCCUCACCACAUCGAGAGUAUUUUCCACCGUUCUCAGGAAACCAAUAUAACAACCAUCGUAAUGUAUAUAAUAGAUAUCAGGAUGAAAGAGAGACUGAUUGGAUAAGAGAAAGAAGUCCUCUUCCUUCUUACUCAAGAGAGAGAGAACAUGAAAGAGAUAAUAGACAUCGUGAUAAUAGAGAACGUAAUAACUCAUAUCGUGGAAACAACAUAUCACCACAAGCUCAUUAUGAUCGAGAUGGGGGUGGUGGUGGUCGACAUGAUUCUUAUGAUUAUCGUGAAUUUCAUCAUCACAGAAAAAAAUUUUUAAGAGAAUGGGAUUUCAAUUUUGAUAAUAGAAAUUAUAUAAAAGUUUCGGAGGCAAGUAAUAAUGAUAACAAUAUUAUUAUUUCUGAUAAUGAAUUUCCAGGUUUUAAGAAUAAUGAUGAGUUAAGUAACAUAAAUUAUUUUCGAAAAGCAAAUGAAAAUCAAAAAGGCGGUUGGACAGGUUGGCGAAGUAUUGAACCUGGUUUUUGUACAUUACCAAACAAAUAUCAAGAAAAUAACGAAUCAUUAUUAUUAUCUCAAAAUGGUGAUUUUGGUUGUGACCAAUCCCAAGAUAUGGAAAUUAGCUCUGGUGGAACUGAUAUGCAACAGCAAUUGUCUUCUCAAAUAAUAGAUAAUCAAAAAACAACAACAGUAAGAAUUAAGACAGUUAGUUCUGAUCAAUUUAAAUUAAUCAAAGAAUAUGUUGAAACAAGCGAAAGGCUUAAUGCCAAUUAUGAUGAUGAAAAUAAAAUCAUUACAAUUGAUGAAAAUAAAGAACCAAAAGUUUAUGAUAAUAACAUUCUUGAACAAAAUCUCAAUAAUAAAAAUGAUAAAAAUAAUAAAAAUCUAAUAUCAGAUACUCAACAAAAUAUUAUUCCUGAAAAAGGACUGCAACAGGAAUCAUCAUCAACUUUAUUUUUACCAAUAGUUAAUAAAGUCCCAUCAUUAUUAUCAUCUAUGCAAUUAAAAGAACAUGCAUUUGAAAAUAAUUCUAUUGGCGUACAACUUGAAUGUGUGGAGGAUGAACUUGAUUAUUAUCAAAAUCUUUUGAGUGAAAUUCAAAAGCAAUGUGAAGAAAAAAUGAGAUUAAAUAGUGAUAAUCAGAAAAUAGUGGUAGAUAAUGAUAAAAGUUUGGAAAUUAUUCAACAAAAUGUUACCAAAUCACAAAUGGAAAAAAAAUCCUCUCAAACAUCCAAUGAUGAGCUACAAUUAUGGGAAAAUAUUUAUGCUCAAAAUAAAGAAUUUUUAAGGGAAAGAGCAAAUUCUAGAUUUUCUGAUAAUUUGUUGCUAGGGCCUAUGAAAUUGUAUAAUGAUAUAAAUGAUUAUCCAUUUUUUCAACAAAACACUGAUAAACAUAAUCGAUUAAAAAUAUUUUAUGUUUCAAAUUGCUCAAUAGAAGAUAAAUCAAAAGAAACAGGCUUACAGCAAGAAUGGAAGGAGCUCUUUCAAACUCGGAAACAGAAUGCUCAAAAUUCAGUUAACUCCAAAGGAAAAUUAAAACAAGAUGACAAUAGUGGGUCAACAGUUGGGUUUGCAGCAAGAUGGCCAGUCAGACUUAACAGAGGAAAACGUAGAACUGAUGUUGUUAGAUCUGAUGCAGAAGUGCAAGAUAUAUUAAAUCAAUUUGCUGAAGCAGAUCGUAUAGCUAAAACAUGGGCAAAAAUACCACAAAUGAUAUUAGGUGAAAAAAGAAGAGAAUAUUCAUGUAUUAUUGAUAAUAAUUCAUUUGUUUUAGAUCCUAUCUCAUUUUAUGAAAUCAAUGUUGAUUUUAAUGUUAAUUGGACAAGUCAAGAAAAAGAAACUUUCUAUGAACAAUUUAAAUUAUAUCCAAAAAAUUUUGGGAAAAUUGUGGCAGCAAUUGAAAAUAAGUCAUUUAAAAAUUGUGUUUUAUAUUAUUAUCAGAACAAAAAAGCAUUAAAUUUAAAAGAAUUAAUUCCAAAAAAUGGUCGAGAAAAUCUAUUUCAAACCCAACAAAAGUUACUAGCAGUGGGCCAAUCCAAUAUUGGUAUUGAUGAAGAAGCAUGCGUUCUUACAAUGAUGUCAUUGGAGAAUGGGCAAGUUAUUCUUUCAAAACCUUCGCAGCAACAGCAUCAUGAAGUAGUAGUAUUACCUAAUGAUAAUAAUACAUCAAAAGGAAAAAUCAGACCAAAACAAAAUGAAAUUAUGGACAGCAGUGGUGGUGACAAGGAUGAUGGUGAUGAUGAUUCAGGUAAAAAAACAACCACAGGAGAUCGUACUACUACAGGCUCACAUCACAAAAAGAUAUCAUCAUAUUGGAAUAAAAAAGAAAUCAAUCAAUUUGAACAAUCAUUGAAUCUGUAUGGAAGAGAUUUUAAAAGAAUUUCUGAAUUUAUCAAAACCAAAUCUGAAGUUCAGGUUAAGAAUUAUUAUGAAAAACAAAUAAAUAAUAAUACUAGUUAUAUUAGACAUAAUUUAGAUAAUAAUAACACUCAUAAUAAUUCAACAGCAAAUAAUGAUAUUAUAAAAAAUACAUUUUCUGAAAAAUCAAAUCAAAACACUAAUAUAAUACAAAGGGUUAAAAAUAAUGAAACUUCUAAAUCGAUAAUGAAAAUAUCCUCAACUCCGCCUAUUGCUACCAAAGUAUCAUCAGUUCAACCUGCAACAAAAAAUUCUGUGGCAUUUGUGUUGAAUGAAACUGAUGAACCCAUAUCACGUUAUGGCCAUAGUAACAGUAGUAAUGGGAACAAGCAAAACAUUCUUUCACCAAUUUCAUCAUUAACUACACAAUUACCACAAUACAUGACUUCAGGUCAACCGUUUUCUUCACACCAUCAUAUGCCAACACCAGCAUUAGCAUCUCAACUUCAACCUCAACUAAUACCAUCAAUACAACAUAUUCAUAUACAACAAGAAAUGGCUAGAAAACAAAAAGAUGUGGUUGCACAAAUGACUGCGCAAAGAAGACAACAGCAAACAUUUUUUCCAUCAAUAUCUAAUAUUAUUAUGCCUAGUACAUCAAAUCAACAACCUCAAAACAUUUUUCAGCAAGUUCGUCCGCAGCAUGUUUGGAUUGACCAAUUUUCACGAAUGCCUUAUUUCAUGCCACCUCAACAAGCCCAUCAACAAAAACAGGCUCAAACCAAUCAGCAAUCUCAUCAACAAAUGAAUCAACUAAUACAUCAAAAUUUGCUGCAACCUCUUCAACAACAACAUGAAACACCAUCACCAACACUUCCUCAACCAACAUCAAGUAACCAACGUCAUUUUCUUCAGCAACAGCAACAAUUUCAUAACCAUCAUCCACAGCAACAGCCACCAUCGCAACCAUCAUCAUCAUCUUCACAACAACAACAAAACAAGUAUCAUGAGUAUUAUCCAUCUAAAUUGUAUGGAGAUGAUCAAAAUCAGUGCGAUCGAUAA